CGUGGACUUCGCUAAAGUAAACAGCCAUAAUUAUCUCAGUAGUAUACGACGUAGCAUCAACACGUGUACUGAACAUCGUUUGUUUGUUAUGGAAGUGGUAUCUGCUCUUCAAAGAUACAAAAAAUUUAAAGAAACAAAAAAACGGUCACCAGAUUUCGACUUCGUGUCGUCUCCAAAGGUUAACGUGCGCUGUGAAGGCUUCCCCAGAGAGAUAGCAAACAGGGUAAAACCCGAUGAACAAAAGAACAGUUCAAGGCCCACCAAAAAACCUUUUACUGCACGCGAAAUUGAAAUUCUCAAAGAAGGCGUGGACAAAUACGGGCCUAGAUUCAGUAUCAUUGAGAGAUAUUGCGAGUUUAGUACGAAAAGGUCUGCAAAAACGUUGAAACAGAAAUACACAAGUUUAAUGCAGGCUACUUGCUAUAAGCCAAAGAAACGAUGUCCGUUCACUGUCCAAGAAGAGGAAAACCUCAAGGACGGCGUUUCUAAAUAUGGCUUUCAAUGGAAAAAGAUUUUGAAUCAUUACAGUUUUAUGCCGCAAAGGACUCCGCAAAACCUGAAAGACAAAUGGCGAAAUAUGUUAAAAUGAGGAUAAAAUAUAUCCUAGGAUUUCAAGAGAAGGUGUUUUUUUUGCAAUUUCGCUUCCAUCUUAAUGU